AUGUUCAAAUCAGUCGCUCGCCAGACAGCAAGACGACUGGGCUCACGAAGCGCUGCUGCUUCAGUCGCUCGUCGCCAUGCUCACACCCCUUCAGCCUUCGAUUGGAAGGACCCGCUGGGUGCAGCCAACAUGUUUACCGAGGAAGAAUUGGCCAUUGCAGAGACAGCCGAGUCUUACUGUCAAGAGCGCAUGCUUCCUCGUGUGCUAGCAGAUGCAUACAGAAACGAAGAAUACGACAGAAAGAUUCUUGAAGAGAUGGGAGAACUGGGCUUGUUGGGUGCUACAAUUCAAGGCUAUGGAUGUGCUGGUGUCUCCUCGGUCGCAUCGGGCCUCAUCACCCGCGCUGUUGAGAGAGUCGACUCUGGUUACCGUUCAGGCAUGUCUGUCCAAUCCUCACUGGCCAUGGGCGGUAUCGACGAGUUCGGCUCUCAGGAGCAAAAAGACAAGUUCCUGCCUCAACUGGCCAGUGGUAAAAUGCUUGGUUGCUUCGGCUUGACAGAGCCCAACCACGGAAGUGAUCCUGGCAGCAUGGAGACCGUGGCCAAGCCUCACCCUACCAAGAAGGGCUACUUUAGCCUGAGCGGAGCAAAGACCUGGAUCACCAACUCGCCAAUCGCAGAUGUCAUGCUCGUGUGGGCAAAGCUACAGGAGACCGGCAAGAUUCGUGGGUUCUUGAUUGAGAGAUCUGAAUGCCCUCCAGGAACCUUGGAGACACCCCCAUUGAAGAACAAGAACGGUCUGAGGGCCUCUCUCACUGGUAUGAUUCAGUUGGAUGAUUGCCCAGUACCAGAAGCAAACAUGUUCCCUCACAUCGAGGGUCUCAGGGGACCUUUCAGCUGUCUCAACGGUGCUCGUUAUGGUAUUGCUUGGGGCACAAUGGGCGCUCUCGAAGAUUGUAUUGCAAGGACGAGACAGUACGCUCUGGAGAGAAAGCAGUUCAAGAACAACCCGAUCGCCAAGUACCAGUUGGUGCAGAAGAAGCUCUCUGAUGCAACCACAGACGCGGCGUACGGUAUUCUUGCGGCACUGCAAGUUGGCCGCCUGAAGGACGAGGGCAAGGCUGCCCCUGAGAUGAUCUCAAUGAUCAAGAGACAAAACUGCGACCGAGCCUUGGUGAAUGCACGAGUAUUGCAGGAAGUCUUCGGAGGAAACGCUGUUAGUGAUGAGUACCACAUUGGAAGACAUGUAGCGAAUCUGUUUGUCACUCAGACAUACGAGGGACAGAGUGAUAUUCAUGCUCUUAUUCUGGGACGCGCAAUCACCGGUCUUCAAGCUUUCUGUUAG